GUUCACCCGCCUCAUCCUCUCCUUCGCAAGACGGCAAAGAGGAGUCGCCAUCGCCCGCCCCAUCUAGUCGGUGUCGGUGUGGUGUGGGGGCGGUGCUGCGCGUGUGCGCUCCUCUGUUCGGCAGGACUCCUUCAAGCAGAAGGGGCGGAGCAGCAUGGCGGGGCGCUACGACGGCAACCCCUUCGAGGAGGAGGACGUGAACCCUUUCUCGGAACAAGCGCGCGGCAAGGCUGGCGGGCAGUCCAACUUCGGCGGUGGUGCGUUUUACAUGCCUAACACCAGAAACAUGCCUCCUGCAUCCAAUUCGCGCCUUUCGCCGCUUCCUCCUGAACCAGCAGACUUCAGUGCUACAGUGGACAUACCCCUGGACUCGUCAAAGGACCUGAAGAGAAGGGAGAAGGAGCUGCAAGCAAGGGAAGCGGAAUUGAACAAGAGGGAGAAGGAACUAAAACGGAGAGAGGAGGCUGCAGCGAGAGCUGGCAUUGUCAUUGAGGAGAAAAAUUGGCCUCCUUUUCUGCCACUCAUCCAUCAUGAUAUCACCAAUGAGAUACCGAGUCACCUUCAAAGAAUGCAAUAUGUUGCAUUUGCGUCGUUUCUUGGGUUGGUUUGCUGCCUCUUCUGGAAUGUCAUAGCAGUUACUACAGCUUGGAUCAAGGGGGAAGGCGUUAAGAUCUGGUUGUUGGCAAUAAUCUACUUCAUAUCUGGUGUUCCUGGUGCAUAUGUUUUGUGGUAUCGUCCUCUAUAUAAUGCAAUGAGGACUGAUAGCGCAUUGAAGUUUGGAUUGUUCUUCUUGCUUUACGUGUUCCACAUUCUUUUCUGCGUAUUUUCUGCUGUGGCUCCUCCUGUUGUAUUUGAAGGAAAAUCAUUGGCAGGAAUUUUGCCAGCAAUUGAUCUUAUUAGCGUGAAUGCUUUGGUUGGGAUAUUCUACUUUGUUGGAUUUGGACUGUUCUGUCUGGAAUCAUUGCUUAGCAUCUGGGUCAUCCAGCAAGUGUACAUGUACUUCCGUGGAAGUGGAAAGGCUGCAGAGAUGAAGCGUGAUGCGACGAGGGGUGCAAUGAGAGCCGCAUUUUAAGUGUGGUGUGGUAUUUUUUUUGUGAUGACAGUCCUAGGCCCAAGCGCAUACUUCCGGUGGAUAGGUUGUGCACCGAACAAAAAGCAGAUGUUUCUUCCUUGGUUGCUGACUAUGAUACCAAACUGCCAGUAGGUUAUCAUGAUGUUACAAGUGACAUUAUAUCACUCCCCGUCCUGAUCUAACAAGAAUGGGGAAUGUGCAGCUUUUACAGCUUUACUUAAUCGUUUUGUUCUUGCUAGUUGAAAUGUGGAAUGGAUUAUGAAUCAAGUUUAGUUAAGUUGUACAGUGCUGUU